GAAGCGAGUCGGUGAGGGUGCGGAAGUGCCCGGUGGAGGCCGCGGUUUCGGGUCUGCGGGAGGCAGCGGAGCGGGGAGCGGAGCUCGGACGGCCCUGGGCCCACGCUCUCUUCUCCAGUCUCCUUCCCUCCAUCGCUCCGCUAUGGCCGGCAUCACCGCCAACCUGCAGAAAGCAAUAGACCUUGCUAGCAAGGCAGCACAAGAAGAUCAAGCAGGAAACUAUGAGGAAGCCUUCCGCUUGUACCAACACGCUGUGCAGUAUUUCCUCCACGUUGUUAAAUAUGAAGCACAGGGUGAUAAAGCAAAAAAGAGCAUUAGAACGAAAUGUACAGAAUACUUGGACAGAGCAGAAAAGCUGAAAGAAUAUCUGAAAAAAAAAGAAAAAACUGCACCAAAACCAGUUAAAGAGUGUGGUCCUGCUGAUGGAAAAGGGAAUGACAGUGAUGGGGAAGGGGAAUCAGAAGAUCCUGAAAAAAAGAAGCUACAGAAUCAACUUCAAGGAGCAAUUGUUAUAGAGCGACCAAAUGUAAAAUGGAGUGAUGUUUCUGGCCUCGAAGGUGCCAAAGAAGCCCUUAAAGAAGCAGUGAUCUUGCCCAUUAAAUUUCCACACCUAUUUACAGGAAAGAGAACACCCUGGAGAGGAAUUCUCCUUUUUGGACCACCAGGAACAGGGAAGUCAUACUUAGCAAAAGCUGUGGCAACAGAAGCAAACAACUCUACCUUCUUCUCAGUAUCUUCCUCUGACCUUGUCUCAAAGUGGUUAGGAGAAAGUGAAAAACUAGUGAAAAACUUGUUCCAGCUUGCCAGAGAAAACAAACCUUCUAUUAUCUUCAUUGAUGAGAUAGAUUCCCUCUGCGGAUCCAGAAGUGAAAAUGAAAGUGAAGCUGCUAGACGGAUAAAAACAGAAUUUCUAGUUCAGAUGCAGGGAGUUGGUGUCGACAAUGAAGGAAUCUUGGUCUUAGGAGCAACAAACAUACCCUGGGUUCUGGAUUCUGCUAUCAGGAGAAGGUUUGAGAAGCGUAUUUAUAUUCCUUUACCUGAAGACCAUGCCAGGGCUGCAAUGUUCAAACUUCACCUUGGGUCAACUCCAAAUCUCCUAACGGAAUCAGAUUAUCGAGAGCUUGGAAAGAGAACUGAGGGCUAUUCUGGUGCAGAUAUAAGUGUCAUUGUACGUGAUGCACUGAUGCAGCCUGUAAGAAAGGUGCAAUCUGCUACUCACUUUAAAAAAGUAAAAGGACCAUCACUGUCUGAUCCAAAUACGAUAGUAGAUCUGUUCACCCCUUGCUCUCCAGGGGAUCCUGAAGCCAUCGAAAUGACGUGGAUGGAGAUUCCAGGUGAUAAAUUAUUGGAGCCUAAAGUUUCCAUGAUGGAUAUGCUCAGGUCACUAGAUAGCACAAAGCCUACAGUUAAUGAACAGGACCUGGAGAAGUUAAAGAAGUUUACAGAAGACUUUGGUCAGGAAGGCUAAACCAAAGAGAUACGUGGAGCAUUAGAACUUUUUUUUCUUUCUUAAGUAUUCUUGUGUCUUUAUUGAUGGCACUUCAACUAAAUGCCAAUGAAAUCACUCUCUUCUUCCUUUGCAGAAGUAAUAGAAGAUACCUUUGCAAAGACCCUUAAGCUUUUCUAUUGUAUUGUUUUCCUCAGAUGUCUAUCAAAUGUCUUCUAUUAAAAAUAAUAUGAAAAUGCGAUUUUAGGGUGAGACAGAAAAGUGAUGUGGAACAUCUAUUAAAUACUAGAAAAUGUUAAUGAUUAGUUCAGUUUUACUGUUACAUUAAGCCUGGUACAAGUGAGUUUUAAACUCCCAGUAGGUUCAAAAAAGCCCUUUUUUGAGGGGUGGAAGAGAACAUAUGUGUCAGGUGUUUUCAGUGUCAGUCUACCAGCCUACAUAUUAAUCGCUCUCAUUUCAUUUAGAUAAAAGCAACAGAAUUUGCUAAUGAAGCAUACUGCAAGUGUGGGUUUGCUAUGAAAAUAGGAGAACACAGUGAGGAUGAGACUAUGUGGGCCAGUACUUCGUUUAAAUACUAAUGGAACUGGUAUUUGGCUUCUGCUAUGCUGUCUUAAAGCUUGAUGUCCAAAGCAAAAUUUUUGUUUUUAACUCUUGACUAGCUGAUACACACUGUCACUAUGCAAUCUGGCAAGAGUUUUUUAAAUACAGCUAUCUCAGAAGGUGUUUUGCUGGCUGUUCUUGUUUUGCAUUGUUUUUGUUUGUUUGUUUUUAAAUCUGGGUUUACUUCCUCCAGGAAUUUGACUAAAGUUUGGGAAAAAAAAAAUUAACAAUAUCCUGUACGAUUCCACUUGUCAAGGCUGGCGAGGUAUAGGUAGUCUUCGGAGAUUGUAUUUUGGGAAAUACCAUACUUGUUCAUGCAAGGGAGAGCAUAACAGAUAUUUUAGCCUUCCCAAUGAUGAAUGAUCUCAGAACCCUACUGGUAGCUAUUGCAUAUAGGUUACAUCAAUUUAGUGCUUACAUUUUGAGAGAAAGCUGGCACUUUAGUACAGAAGUAGCACUUCCAUUGAUCUUUUUUUGAAGAGCUACACAUUGACAUGUGCCUGAAUGUAACUUACAACACCACGGUGUCAGCAUUGAGUUUGUGCCUUGUGAGUUUGCACUGGCUGUAGAUACAAAACUAGAUUCCUAGAUAUGCUCUGUUCCAUUAUCACUGUACAACUUUAUCCUGCAUAUGUGUUGUUUAACUUGCAUUAAAAGAAAUUUGCACAUUUUGUGUGUGUAUGUUAUUUGUACAUAUGCACACAUAUGAUCAUCUUUUGAUGGGGUUUGGUUUCCUUUUAUGUACCUGUUUUGUGUACUUUAUAAAUCAUAGGAUGGGUGAAAUUUCCUGUACUCAAAUGAAGUAAAACAUUACAGUACAACAUCA